UGGUCUUAGGCGACCCCUGUGAAGGGGUCGUUCGACCGCCAAAGGGGUCGCGACCCACAGGUUGAGAACCGCUGCUCUAAGCUGUUGCAGCCAACUAAUACACCCUGAUAUUGACUUGGGUUCAGCAAUUUUCUAGACAUUGCUCACCCCCAUUUCUAUGAUGGAAAUGUAUGAUUUUCUUCUAAGACUUAUCUUCACGCCUCUGUUCUCUGUAUACACACAAAUUAGAUGCCUCACUUCCAAAGAUUGAAAAACUGAGGGAUUAUUUAGGGAGUGGGCAGUGGCCACAGAAGAUAGGAUGCAGAGCAACACUGCUUUAAAGGGUGUUGGAGUAUUACAAAGUUUGGAGGUAUAGUUGUGUGAAUACUUCUGAGUUUACUAGUAAACAAUUCCAUGGUCCAGUCUGCAGCCUUGUGGACUGCAGACUUGGAGUAACCUCUCUUUAAAGCCCCGGUACUUGCUUACGAGUUUACUGGAUGAUAGUGUCCCUUUGGGAUUUGUGAACUUCUUCUCGACAAGUUUGAAACCAGGAACACUUGGUCCACAAGCUGGACCCGACCAGCACAAGCUGGGCGGAAGACUGGACCUCCUUAUGGAAUGUAUCUGUUGACGUUUUUGCUUGUUUGGUUUUUUUUGCUUUGCUUUAGUUUUGGAUCCACAUGCAACUCCUUGUGUGACUUCUAGACCUGUUGAAGGAGGGGGAAAUGCUUUCUCUUCAUUUCUUCCUUAUAUUCAUAGAGCCAGUGCUUAGAUCUUUAUAUUUCUGAAACGCAUUUGAAAGUCUCUCUCUUAAGUUCUUCCUAAAUUAUCAGUAGAUUUCUUUUUGGCUGGAGGCACUUUCGUAGGAGACCUCAGGGUAGGGAGGUCUCACUUUUCUGUUAUCUAUUGGAAGGAAGGUAAAAACAUGGGGUGUUACUAAUUCAAGGACAUUGCCAGCCUGAGGAGGAAAGGGAUUAGCGAUUGCCCUUGGGGAGAUGCUCCCAGGUUGUACUGUUGGAUUUGUUCCAGUUGACGGGAUUCCAAAGUGGAAACCGAUUUUCCUACGGCUGAAAAGAGAGUCCAGGAGCAGGCUCAGAGUCAGCACUCAGCCGGGGGGAGGCUGCCCACUGCAUGUCCAGGAAGCGUUCUUUGCAGAUGCACUGAGGCCCCCGCGGCCCAGGGAAUUACUGUACUCCUCACGCCAGGGCCUGGCCGCCGUGCUCUGCUCAGGAGCAAGGGAGUGUGAAGGGGCCGAGUGCCCAGUUAGACGUUGCUGUUGCCCUCCUGUGCGGAGCUCUGAGGAGUGUUGAGAUUACAGGGCUGUUUGUGUCACAGGAAGAGCAGGCUUACAGACCCAGCUGUUGGAAUCCUUCCUUUGGACAUCUCAUUCCUUAGCUACAAUUUGUUUCGACAUCAGAGCUGCAUGCUGUACCGAGCCAGGAGCCCCAGAACAUCACAAAGCAGAGGUCUGGCUUGGGCGACUCUUGCUUCUGAUGCUGAGGGCCCUGCGAUGCUGUUCGUCCCUAGGCUGUUAGAUGGCCUUUUUCAUCUCAGCCACAGGGUGGAAGCGGCUCAGGGACCAGUAGGCCCGGGCCUGCACAUUUCCAGACGUCCUCUUUCUAGAGCUUCCUCGUCGGCCUCUCCUUUGGGACUUGGUGGAAUGACAAAGCAGCCUCUUUAGAGAGUGUGAAUAGGGAAUAAGAGACAGCAGGCAGGACUGUGUGAUUGGAAGUGGAAUAUUCCUGCUCCUGGUCACUGUCUAAUUGGAAGUCUCAGAUUAGUCUGAAAACAGCAAAUCAUUUCCCAGCCUUCAAAAAAGUAAUCGAUCCACACACCAGCAUGGCUGCCACUGCUGCUGUCAGUCCCAGUGACUACCUGCAGCCCGCUGCCUCCAGCUCCCAGGAUUCCCAGCCAUCUCCCUUAGCCCUGCUUGCUGCAACAUGUAGCAAAAUUGGGCCUCCAGCUGUUGAGGCUGCUGUGACGCCUCCUGCUCCCCCACAGCCCACACCACGAAAACUGGUCCCUAUCAAACCUGCCCCUCUCCCUCUCAGCCCCGGCAAGAAUAGCUUUGGAAUCUUGUCCUCCAAAGGAAACAUACUUCAGAUUCAAGGGUCACAACUGAGCACAUCCUAUCCUGGGGGUCAGCUGGUGUUCGCCAUCCAGAAUCCCACUGUGAUUAACAAAGGGACCCGAACAAAUGCCAACAUCCAGUACCAGGCAGUCUCUCAGAUUCAGGCGAGCAGUGGCCAGACCAUCCAAGUACAGCCCAAUCUCGCCAACCAAAUCCAGAUCAUCCCUGGCACCAACCAAGCCAUCAUCACCCCCUCACCAUCCGGUCACAAGCCUGUCCCCAUCAAGCCAGCCCCUGCCCAAAAGUCAAGUACAACUACCACCCCCGUGCAGAGCGGGGCCAAUGUGGUGAAGCUGACGGGUGGGGGUGGCAACGUGACACUUACUCUGCCUGUCAACAACCUUGUGAACACCAGCGACACCGGGGCCUCCACUCAGCUCCUCACAGAGAGUCCUCCCAUCCCGCUGUCCAAGACGAAUAAGAAAGCCAGGAAGAAGAGUCUUCCUGCCUCCCAGCCCUCGGUGGCUGUGGCUGAGCAGGUGGAGACGGUGCUGAUCGAGACCACAGCGGACAACAUCAUCCAGGCAGGAAACAACCUGCUCAUUGUUCAGAGCCCUGGCGGGGGCCAGCCAGCUGUGGUCCAGCAGGUCCAGGUGGUGCCCCCCAAGGCCGAGCAGCAGCAGGUGGUGCAGAUCCCCCAGCAGGCCCUGCGAGUGGUGCAGGCGGCAUCUGCCACCCUCCCCACUGUCCCCCAGAAGCCCUCCCAGAACUUUCAGAUCCAGGCGGCCGAGCCAACGCCUACUCAGGUCUACUUCCGUACGCCUUCCGGUGAGGUGCAGACGGUCCUUCUCCAGGACAGCUCCCCAGCAACAGCUGCACCCACCUCCGCCACCACUUGUAGCAGUCCUGCACCCCGUGCUCCCCAUCCGAGCGGGACCAGCAAAAAACACUCAGCCGCGAUUCUCCGGAAAGAGCGUCCCCUGCCAAAGAUCGCCCCUGCCGGGAGCAUCAUCAGCCUGAAUGCAGCCCAGCUGGCGGCGGCGGCCCAGGCCAUGCAGACCAUCAACAUCAAUGGUGUCCAAGUCCAGGGUGUGCCUGUCACCAUCACCAACGCCGGCGGGCAGCAGCAGCUGACGGUGCAGAACGUUUCUGGGAACAACCUGACCAUCAGCGGGCUGAGCCCCACCCAAAUCCAGCUGCAGAUGGAGCAGGCCCUGUCGGGAGAGGCCCAGCCCGGGGAGAAGCGGCGCCGCAUGGCCUGCACAUGUCCCAACUGCAAGGACGGGGACAAGAGGUCUGGAGAGCAGGGCAAGAAGAAGCACGUGUGCCAUAUCCCCGACUGUGGCAAGACUUUCCGGAAGACAUCCUUGCUGCGGGCCCACGUGCGCCUGCACACCGGCGAGCGGCCCUUUGUCUGCAACUGGUUCUUCUGUGGAAAGAGGUUCACACGAAGUGAUGAACUCCAGCGGCACGCUCGCACCCACACAGGGGACAAACGCUUUGAGUGUGCCCAGUGUCAGAAGCGCUUCAUGCGGAGUGAUCACCUCACCAAACAUUACAAGACGCACCUGGUCACGAAGAACUUGAGGGGGUUCUGCUGCCCCACACUCGCCUCUGCUGAAGCCCUUGGCUCUGCCCUGGCCCUUGCCUCUCACCAGACCGGGGACACUGGCUCUCCCAAUGAGACGUUCUAAACCAGGACGAGUGGGAACCUUUAUUUCCAAAGGAAAAACAUGAAUUUCACUCCAUCGAGGAGCAAAGUGAGUCCUCCCCUCCCCCCCCAAACACUGCGAGAGUCGCAUCACCGUGCCAUGCCCCGCUCUCCUGCACCUCCCUGGCCCCGGCACCUCAGACGCCCGGGCCCUGCCCCCAGGGCACCACCCAGGACACCACCGGCAUCCACCUCCUGCCAGGCUCAAGAGGCCGCCUCCACGCCACACGCCUCGCCCUGCCACAGCUCUUCUCCAGCACAUUCCAACUUUCUAUUUAAAAAUGAAACUACCACGGACUCCCUGAUCCCCCUUUUUCUAUGGAGAACGUUGCCUUAUACUCUAUUUCAGAUAAUGAACACUGUGUAUUGUGUGUGCUUUAAAGUUUUAUUUAAUUGCUCCCUUCCUCCUGUACUGUUACUCACUCCCCCACGCCUGCUUUCAGUUUAGGGUUUUGGGGGGCAGUGAUGAGCAUAUGGGUUUUUUUCUCACUAGCAGUUCUCUUUUCUAAAUGACACAGCAUUUCAAUUUGAAUCUGGAUUCAGAUAAAAACUUCACAUCCUGAACCUUUCCGCUCUCCCUUCAUCUCACCUACCCCUACUGGCCCAAGCUCUAGUUAUGUACAGUGUAUAUUGUAUAAUAGACAAUUGUGUCUACUACAUGUUUAAAAACAUAUUGCUUGUUAUUUUUGAGGCUUUUAAAUUAAAAACAAAAUACAACUUUAUUUUUAGUUGUAACUGCUUGAGGUAUGUUUUAUGAUUGACAGAUUUGUUAUCCUUUAUUAACGAUGUACUUUGUUGUUCAGCAUUGGGCUGACAAAAAUUUUUUCUUGCUAAUAAAUUUAGUUGCCUGAGGCAAAAUCCGCAA